UCCACUCCCCUCCAGGCUCGGGGAAGUGACGUGUGCGGACAAAGGCAGAGGCCGCGAGGUGUCUGGUCCGGUAGAGUGGUGGCGGCUGCCGUGGGCUCUCGUCUUUGCCAUCCUUCUUCUCGCCUCACCCUUGUCUCUCGGAUCCCGAGAGCCCCCUGCCCGGAGGAGCAAAGCUGUGGCUGGUGACAGCGUAGCUGGUGACAUCAUGACAAGCGAGGUGAUUGAAGAUGAGAAACAGUUUUAUUCCAAGGCCAAGACCUACUGGAAGCAGAUCCCACCCACGGUGGACGGCAUGCUUGGGGGGUAUGGCCACAUCUCCAACAUCGACCUCAACAGCUCCCGGAAGUUUCUGCAGAGGUUUUUAAGGGAAGGACCGAACAAGACAGGGACUUCCUGUGCCCUAGACUGUGGCGCUGGCAUUGGCAGGAUCACCAAGCGCCUGCUGCUGCCGCUCUUCAGGGUGGUGGACAUGGUGGACGUGACAGAGGACUUUCUGGCCAAAGCCAAGACCUACCUGGGGGAAGAGGGCAAGAGGGUGAGGAACUACUUCUGCUGUGGGCUGCAGGACUUCAGCCCAGAGCCCAGCUCCUAUGAUGUGAUCUGGAUCCAGUGGGUGAUAGGCCACCUGACAGAUCAGCACCUGGCUGAGUUUCUGCGCCGCUGCAAGCGAGGCCUGCGCCCCAAUGGCAUCAUCGUCAUCAAAGACAACAUGGCCCAGGAGGGUGUGAUCCUGGACGAUGUGGAUAGCAGCGUGUGCCGUGACCUCGAGGUGGUCCGCCGGAUCAUCCGUAGUGCAGGCCUCAGCCUCCUGGCCGAGGAGCGCCAGGAGAACCUGCCAGAUGAAAUCUACCACGUCUACAGCUUUGCCCUGAGAUGAGGCCGGGGCCAGGGCUGGGGGCCAGCAGCUGGCGGGCCACUAGACACACCUGCCAUCCACCUUUGACUCCAGUGGGGAGGGACAAGCCCUGGGAAGGAGUGCUGUGGACUGGGGCGGUAGGCACCCGGGCAACUCCCCACGAGGCCUAUGGAAAGCUGGGGUACCACCCACAGGACUGGCUGCCAAGACUUGAAGUGUGUGAACUGCUGACCCAGGGCAGCCAGGAGAGUCACACACGGUGCCUGCCGGAUGGUACCACUUACAAGAAUGGUCACAGUCCCGAAUCCUCUUUGGUGAUGGGUCACAGUGCCUGUAGUAAGGGGAGGUUCCCCCCUCGCCUCUGCAGCUCCUUGGGAGCUCCUCCCUGAAAGGCAUUUUUGGUCAAUAAAAGGGUGAAACCUGUUCUCAAAUG